AUGUAUCUCGAUCUCAUGAAUGAAAACUCAAAACACACCAAGAUACAUAAAGACGAAGUCGCUCAGAAGCAGAAAGAUACCAGUUUAUGGCUACGUACAGAAUUGAAAACAAAACUGAAAUACGCCUGGUUGAUUUGCUGAGAAAGGCCAGCUGUCAGUCUGUAAGAGGCAUUCAUAAUGCUAAAUUCCUAUGUGUUGCGCUGCACGGGAACGUAUAAGAUGUAAUUAAGAAACAGAAACAUGGAAGCUUUCCUCAUCUCAUGCAGGUUUUAAGAUUGUUCAGCUUUUCUUUGCUUGGCCAAUUCAAGUGCAUUACGUUUCCUCAACAAUUCAGAUUCUUCGAGGUCUGCAGGGAACAUCUCAUGGAGCGUUCGAUAAUGGCGGCUUCCAAAUGUUAAGUCUCCAACACAAUAGAUACCUGUUCUUUCUCAAUUCUUGCAUUUAACUUGACUAUAAUAUGACGUCGAACAAGCAAGUUUUCUUUCUUUCUUUUGGCUUUCCUGGUGCAAAUGUAGUAUAAUCAAGUAGGAACAUUAUUUAAUAUACAAUUUAAUCCUGUUGCAUAACGAUAAUGUCCAGUUUUCUGUUCUCCGAUCAUAGGAAGGGUGCCUGAAAACGAACAUAAAAGAAUACCUAAAUCCAGAUUCAAUACCUAACUAUGACUUUGCCAUCACACCGCCGAAAAAACAACAUCGACGCGGAGGAAAUACAGCACGGCCAAAAAUUACACGACCGCAUGAGAGAGAAAGGAAUGUGCAUGUAUUGGGGUAGGACUUACCAGAAAUUUAUGAUGGCGCCAAUGUUUUGAGGCCUACUUCAUAUAUGUGUUUUGUGGCCAAACAUACUCCACAGAACGUUCACAUCGAGGAAACAAAAAUCAGCACUAGUUUGCUUAAUCGACUGAUUUGCGGGCAAAACGAACGUUCUUACAAAAGUCAAUAUCACGAGCAGCGUAGUUUUCUGAGCAUGAAUUCAAGCCCCAAUGAAUGUACAUCGUAGCUGAACUGCAUUACGAGAUUAAUCCUGAAUGUAAUGCUAUGUCAGGAAACAAAAUGAUACGUACUACAGAAACUGAAUUUACGUGGAAAAACAAGCCAGAGCAUGGAGGAGCACAGCUACUUUCAAACGGUACGCCUGUAAAUCUCUAAUACUUAAACUGGUAAGUAAUCAUGACUGACCUUCUUCAACUGCCUUGCCAGAUGGAAAAAAGAAAUGUCACUUGGUGUGGCUUUGUAUUUCAUCUUUUUGGUGCCAAGCUAGAGGAAAGUUUUGAGUGAAAAUAAUUGCAUGUAAAAAGGCUUUAACGUUUUACACUGAAUAUAAAUCCAAGACCUCAAGACUUGAAAAACAAUCAACAGCAACAGGUCGAGAGUUGGAUGUGAAAGCCCUCCUCAACUGUCAACAUAAAAGCGUGCGCUGAUUUCCAUGAGAAAAAAGGUGUAAAAUGCUUUGCUCCAUAAUCAAACACAUAAUCAUUUGCCAACUGUGCACGUUUCUUUUGCAAUCUUCAACUUGUCCAGGGGAGUGAAAUUGGCUUUAAGAUUUACAAAAAUACAAAGAACCGAACAAGAGACUUGCAAAACUCUCUCCGUCCAUCAGUCGUUUCGUCUUCAAAGUAAACGAUCACCCUCAUUGCUACUUUCUAUACCCUUGCAGAAAGUGUUAUAAAAAAUUUUAUCGAAGAAAUCAACCAAAUUUUAGAUGGGAAUCGUUCUUAAGAAAGUUGCAUUUACAAUUUGGGUACUCAUCGUAAUACAUCCCGAAGCAUGUUCUCCUUCAAACACCCCUUUCACUCAUGAUAGUCCUUUAUCAAUAAAAAGGCCUAUCUUGGGCUUGUCCAACUAAAAAUAUAACGUUAUUUCGUAUGCUAAAUUACCAAACGAGAUGAUAUCUUCUGCAAAUGUGUAGGAGUUCCAGUUGAAAAAUGCAGAAACAGUUCUCAGACCUUUUAUUUUCUUUGCAUAUAUUACUCGAUUUUUCUGCCUGUAUUAGUCAGUCGACGCCAAUGCUGUUAUUUAGGACAAUUAAAUAAUAAAAUAAAUUCUGUUCUUUUUUCGCCUUUGCGCCUUGCAUGAUUGCCUAAGCAAACAAUAAGUGAUACUUGGAGUUUGAUAACUUUGAUUUUACGAAGAGCAAAUAACAAACGUGGAAAGUACAUGUCCUCAUCCAAUACAUGUUCUUUACGUGCCAGUAUUUUCGCAUUCAAUAGUUUCUCUUCAAUACAAAUCAAAGCCCUUAAGUAAGAUAACUUUCUGUGAAUAUAAAACUUUCCAUGCAUUUACUAGUACAAGGUCGCUCAGGAAAUCAAAUGCCCACUGCUUUCCAAAUGUAUACAUCAAGCGAUGAAAAGUGAUCUCCAAUCGAACACAAACGUCUCAUAGCGGUCAAUAAUGACCGCUUCCAAACGUACGAAUAAACUGGUAAAAAAGAGUGCUUCCCUGUUUAAGUCUUAACACUAUAGAUUACUGUUCUUUGUUUUUCAACACAAACUCAUUCCCUGACUAUAAAUCUGCUAUAAGGAGACUAAAUAUAUAUCAGGCAGAAAUUUCCAUUUAACGCAUGGAAGGGAAAUCAGUUUAUACUCACAAGAUGACAGAUGCUAGUUGGUGGCUUCACAUAUACAGAAUUUAAACAAAGCCAGAGUACGCUUGCUUGUUGCAGGCUGAUAUGUUGUACAAGAUCAGUCAUAGAUGUGCUGUCUAAGUCACUCGAGGUUGUUCCAGUGACAAGCGUGUUGGUCUGUAACAUGAUUUUACUUUCCUGUUCCUGAAACAUGCCAUUAUCUUGGACGAAGAUCAAUGAUUACUUUUGAAUUUUAAAAUUAAUCAAUACAGACGUGAAUAAACAAUGCCUGCUCAAUGCCCACUAAAUUCAUGAAAAAAUAAAUACUAUAGGCUUGUAUAUAGUACUGCCCUCAAUUCGAGCUUUGCAAAUCAAGUCACACACAAACGGGAAAAAUGUCAGUCCAUCAACCGUGACAGACGAGUGAAAUUGCUCUUACUUUAUUUAUCAGUCAAAUAUACUUUCACAAAUUUGUUAGCAAAGUAAGCAUAUGCCAUUUAUGCCAUAAAGAUCUAAGAUCUAUUUCUCAAGAUAGACAGUAAUAAUUUUACACUUAUGGACAAGGGCACUUUCACAUUGUGGAGCCUGUGGAGGUAAAGUCUGUCAUAGGACAGUAAAUGCAAACCGUCAAAAGGUUAGAAGUCUCAGAAUAAACACAUUUGCUCCGUGUUUAAGAAGAGUAAAAUAAGGAAAAUCCACGAAAGCUAAUUAAGACGAAUGGCUAUCAAGCUAGAUUCAUAACACGUUGUGCCCGGAAACAACAAUGAGGCCACCGCGAAUUGUCCUCAAGUCACCUUACUUUCCAAAAAUUUUUUCACGUGUACUAAAGAAAACGCCAAAAACGUCUUUAUUUAAAAGCAUUUUAAAUAUUUUUCAACAGAAAUGAAAUGUUUAAUGAAAGGAAAAAGGUUUGGAAGCGACCAAGAUGUGAUGCAGCCAAAAAGCAAAUAUACACCUCGAUACGACGAGGUGUUGCUCAACACAAGUUUUUAGAUGCUUUAUUUGUGGCCGUUAAAUCCUCAUUGUCGUUUGUUCGAAUGAAGGACAAGCAAUAUUCAACGCACGAUCGCUGUUUCUUUCUGUGACCUUUCAAGGUAAUACUUGCGAAUGAAACCAAGGAGAAUUAUCUCCUCAUCAUCUUGUAACGUAACGAUAAUGUUCAGUUUUUAGAUCAUCGGAAACUAAACCUGAAAGGGAUCCUAAAAAAAAUGAUUGAGACAAGAUUCGACCAACUGCGACUUAACGAUCACACGGUGACAACACAACAUGGACGCGAAUUAAAACAGCAUUUCACAAUCGUAGUGCCCUCCCAAAUGGAAACUACUGACUAAAAAUCAUUGCGUGAAAAAACCUCUUCAAUUUACAGUCAAUAUCAAUCCAAAACCUGCAAGCAUGAAACAUAAUUCACAGCAACGCAGCCGGGGGGACGCAGAAAUUGAACAGGUCGAGAGUCAGAUGUCGGAGCAACAUCUUCCCGACAUAAAUUCUGUUCAUUCAAAUGUCCUCUGAUUUUCAUGAGAAAAGAGCGAAAAGUGUUUAUCGCCUUUAUUUAGAAAAAAAAUAUUAUUUUGCGCACUGAAAAUUCAUGUGUUUAUCGCCAAGAGAAAAAGACCUGCAGGGCUCUUAUUUAGAAAAAAAAAAGUAUUAUUUUAAGCGCACCCUGAAAAACUUCCAACCAAGCGUGAUUGAUGAUUUCUUUCACUUGUCCAACCACAAAUAUAAACCACAAAUAUAAGUUAAUUUCUUUUAUACGUUAAAUUUACCGCGGGAGAAGUCAUCUCGUGCAAGUUUGUCUGAUUCCUAAAUCGUAGAAACAGUUCUGAAUUCUUUAAGUUCACUGCGUAUAUAGGCUCCUGACUUUGCAAUAAUUAAUACAAUCUUUAUCUUUAAUCUAUUGUUUCGAACGGUUGAAGUUUUGAAUCCAUUAUCUUCUUCUCUGGCCUUCUGCGCUUUGCACAAUUGCCACAACAAACAAACAGUGAUAACUGGAGUAAAUACCUCUAAUUUUAAGACGUGCAAGUAAAGAAACAGAAAAGUUGAAAGUAUCCUUAUCCAACACAGGUCUUGGCAUUUAGAAGAUAUUCUUUGCGUGGCCCAUGAAGCUCUUUCUACAAACGGGACUACUUUAUUUCCUCAGUCGAUCCUUGGACUUGGACCGUUUUAUGUACAAAUAUCAAACGACAGGAAGAUCACCUGACGCAAGUCUGGGACAAAUCAGCUGUAGAAUCAAUCCUUGCAACAAUACGAAUUCUUCAUACCCGGAGAGAAAGCAACCUCAGGUGUAUUAACGUAAUAGCCAGCCAAAGUUUUCAUGUCAUCACCUCUGUUCACAUUACUUUCGCGAUGCAUUAACAUUAGAAACAAAAUAGCGAUGGAAAUAAUUCUUCGAUGAGGUACCAAAACGUCUUGUUUUGCAUCAUCCCUUCCCACAGCAUCCGUUGGAAUGGAGUCUCUGUUUUCAGUCCAUUUUCUGUAAUCCAUGGUGCGCCUACGGUAUCAAAUCAAUAUUCCUGAACUACUACAAAAUUGCCUUAUUCCCUCGUAUUUUUAAAAGAAUUGACUUUUGCGAGAACAUUUCAGAUACAUAAAACUCUCUUACUUCAAACAGAUAGCUUUUGAACAAUAAAGGUCGAAUCUAGAAAAUUCGUGUAGAAUUCAAUGUGCAAACUCUCUUGUGUGAACUCCAGAUGAAUGGACAGAGGAAUUAAAUAUGACAAACAGAUACGAAGUAUAAUCACUUGAGGUAACUAUUGGUGUUUAGAUUAUGGUUAUUUGCUCCGUACUAUAAUAUUUUUGCAUUUGUAGGCAAGGCUUUUUCACAUUAUGCAGUCAGUAGAGGUAACUGUAAGUCAGAAGGCAGUAAUUCUGGUCCAAUCCGUCAAUGCCAACAAUGCCAUUUGCAAUAUUAGUAAAGGAGUGACAUAUAUGGAAAAAGCAACAAAGCUAAUAUAGGACGACUCAGCUAUCCAACCAAACAUAUACCACGGUGUGUCCAAGGAGAACCUUGAUGCCACCACGAAUAGUUCGGAGUCGUUGUUGUUGUUUAGCCAGAUCACUUUCAGAAAAUUUAUGUCGCAAAUUGUAGCCAUUGAAAGUGGACAGUCUGCAAAUUAUAGUAGUUGCUAAAAAAUAUAUAUCUACGUGUCGCAACUGUUCAUCAGUAGGAUGCCUAAAAUGUGUGCAAUUCCACAAUUGGUUUCGGCUCCAUUAAAUCUUACACCAACUGCAGAACAUUUUAGGCAUCUUUGUCUACAAAAUGAAAUAUAACAGCAUGGCGCGAUAUAGCGUGUGGCCCCAGUCUAUCGAUUUAUGUCAUCUAACGAUCUAUAUUAUAUGUUCUUUUGUUACCAGUUAUGAACGAAAAAUCUAGCAAGUAUAGUUUCGAUCUUUGUUGACAAUUAAUGCUUGUCCUCUUGUUCAAAAAAUGGAGGAAUGCCCAAAACUUGAAAAUGGCUUAACUGUCCAACAAAGGACUCAUGUGGUAAAAUAACAGUUAUAAAUAAAAGUAUUCAGCAACGUUUUCCGCAAUAAAGGCGACACGAACGGGAAAAACUGAUCUCGGUUCACAAAAGGUUCGUGCGAUUAUAAAGAUUUCGUGUUUGAGUGAUCCAUGCCCUGUGUUAAGAUCAAUUUGUCUUCUGCGCUUCAUUUUCUUUCUUUGGAGCAUUACCAAUUUCUCUCGCUUUACUUUACCGAAGAUCUAACCACAAUCGAUCUCCUCCUUUCAGAAAUUGCCUUAUCAAAGGAAAAUUACUUGGAUUAAAAUCUCGGAUGCUUUCUAGCAGAGAAAGACGAAUUACGUUUCAGUUCGUGUUCUGAAUGACGAACGGAAAACAAAGAAUCGACCCAAUUGAUCUCGUAGAUGCGGAUACUGCGCACACACUGUAAUCCAUAUCAUUACCUAUCACACUUCGCUGGGUUAAAAUGCUACAAAGCUUGAAAUGGGUUGAUCUCAAAAUCCUAGGUCUAAUCUUAGGAGCUCUACCUGACUGAUUGUGUCCGCAACUUUCUGGUUAAGGUGACUGAAAACGUAGAAUAUUCGUUCUAUAGCAGAGCAAAACAUUGCAAAGUAGCAACCGAAACUGAGAGUUCUGCUCACUCAAUACCAACUGCUUACUUAGCCAAGCUUUCGUCGGGCAGUUAACUAACAUUGUUUAAAAAUGUGCACAGAAUAUACUCCUAUGAUUGGAAAACCCCCCUGUAAGUCUCGUCUAACGUAAAUGGCCAUAUAAAAUGCAAGAAAAAUUGUUCGCAGUCACUUUAAUUUGUAGAGCUACCCACCGUCUAUUAUCGAAAAUUCCUUACAAAUACAUUCGAAGUAUCAUUUCCACGCAGUGCUUUAUGGAACUAACUUCCUUGGUAAGUGGAAAGGCUUGAAAUAAGACAAUAACUUGCUUACCCCACUAACAUAAGGCUUGGAUGGAAACAGUCAAGCUCCCGUUAUACAUGACAACCCAACAAAAUUAGGAACGUUUUCCAAUUUCUGGCUGUGUCAGUCAAUCAAAAUCGAUGUUAUCAUUAUUUUCAAUCUAUUCUUUGGGCAGUUGAAGUUUAGAAUCAAAUAGCCUCAUCUUUGGUCUUUUACUCCUUGCAUAACUGCCUAAACAAACAACAAGUGAUAUCUGGAGCAAAUAACCGAUUUGAAUACCGCCAACUAAAGAAUCAGAAACGUGGAAAGAGUCCUUAUCCAACAACGGUCUUGACAUUGAUAAGAUGUUCUUUGCUUUAGCCAGUAUUUUUUCAAUUUAUAGUUUCACCUAAAUACAAAUCAGAUUCCUUUAGCAUGAUCAACUGUAGCUAUGAAUCCCUUGCAUCCAUCGCCAUGUCGUUGAGGGAGUCAAAUGGCCGCUGAUUUCCAAAUGCAUGAAUCAUUCGAUAAAACGUUCAAAGUCGUCUCUCCGCCCAUGAAGAUAAUUUCGGAAAUUUUUCAGUCCAUCCUUGGACCUAACUUACGUCUGAUUUUCUAGUCGUACAAAAUGAAGUAUAAGUCGUCCCGAACGUGGAAGAUGUCCUCACCUGACGAACGUGUUCAAUAAAUCCGUUCUGGACUCGAUGCUAACAAUAAUAAGAAGUCUUCGUACCCGGAGAAAAAGUUCGUUUAUGUAUAUGAAAGUAUAAACUCGACUAAAGAGAGUUUGAGACACUUCUACAAGAAACUGCUACAAAAUAAGAUUUUAUAGUGUCUCGUAGGAAAGAAAAACUCUGAGAUCACCGGCCAUUGACUAAGAUAUAGAGCAAUCGAAGAAAGAACCUACUUUUCCGGAGGAACAUCGGUAAUUCUGUGGCCGUUAAAUCUGUUCACAUCUCUUCCUCAAUGCCCAAUAUUAGAUUUCAUCAAAAUAACGAUGGAGGUAAAUUUUCUAUGAGGCAUUCAACAGUCAUAUCCCGCAUCCUUACACCCCGCUUUAAGAGCUGUGCUAAUAUCUCUUGUGAAAAGAAACUUAAAAUAUCCCAUAACAAAAAUAUCCAAAAACGAAUGAAUCGCAAGCUGAAAUACACCAGACGAAGCUAAAACUGAAAAACGCUGAAAGAUGAAAGAUGCGAGCUCAGACUAAGAGAACAGAGAAUGUGGCCUCAGUCCGUGAAGGUGAACAAUGGGAAUCAUUUUUUGUAUCUGUUGAGUCCAGUCAAAUGUUGAUGUAUUUUGUAUAAGCAAUGAUCUUUGAAAGAAGUCUUAAAUUUUACGAAUGAAGCAACACAAAUCCCAAAGGAGCAUGACAUGUCCAGUUUGUUGAAUAAAUCUAUCCAGUACAAAUCAUUAUCCCCGAAUUCCAAAGGCCUGACGUAAAUAAGAGGAGCAUUAUUUGAAACAAACUCCACUUUAUCCAAGUUUAACUCUCUAAUACCAUUCUUACACCUUCCUAAAUUCCCGUAACAAGGUGCAAAAUAAGCUGAAGUUGAAUGUCAAACCUUUACUUUUAAGAAGAAUUGCGACUCAGUUCUUAGUAUACCCAUUAGAAUGAAAAUAAUCACCCUCAAGGCUUAUUGCAAUGAUUCAGCUUAAAGUUGAUAAAAAGCAGCUUCCCUGUAGAAACGUGUACGUUAACCGUAGGCAAAGUAUUACUUGCUGAACGAAUAUGAUUAUUUUCCCAAGAUGUAUCUCACUCUAUUAUGCUUUAAAAGUUAGCCCUGAACAGCCACAACAAAUAUUCCCCUGUGUUGCGCCGCACGAAAACGGACGAGAUGUGCGAAAGAAACAGAACAUGGAAGGACUUACGCAGAUAUUUAGAUUUUCCAUUUUCAGUGGUGAUCAAAAGACAAAAUAUUAGCCCUGUACAGUACAAAAUAGACAAAUACCCAAAACAAAUAUUCCUUUGUGUUGAGCUUCACGAAAAUGUAUAAGAUGAUGUGCGCAUUAAAAACAGAAACAUGGCAGGUUUCCUCACCUUAGGUUUUAAAACUGAUCAGCUUUUCUUUGCUCGGCCAAUUGUAUUGCAUUAAUUAGUUUUUUUCUACAACAAACGAGAUUCUUCAAGUAAAAGUGAUCCUCGUCGAUUGAGAACGUUACUUGCAUAAAUUCAUCGGGUGCAAAAUUGGCCGCCUCCAGUUGUAUGAAUGAAGUGUUAACUUCAGUUUCCAGCUCCAACAGAAUAAAUAUCUCUCGUUUCUUGAACCUUGGACUAAACGUAUAUGUGCUACGUUGUCGUAUAAGCCAGUUUUCUCUCUUUCUUUUGGCGUUCCUGAUGCAAAUCCUGCAAAUUCACCCGAUGAGGUUGUUCGUUUUAUACACUUCCCUCGGCAAAGGUCCAUGCUUAUUGUUAUUGAAGAAAAAUUAUAGCGCCAUUCAAGUAAGAGUUUCCGCUGGUAGGUUCUAUUGUUAUCGGCAUUACAGCUAUUUAUGUCGGAACAACCUCCCAUAAUAUGAUGGCAGUAUAUUAUGACAAUGGCGAUAGGUCUAUUACUUUUCAGAGCACGCUUCGACGACUGCUUAUAGACACAGAUGUAUCUCGAUCAUUAAUCGGAAAACUAAAAACAUACCACGAUACAUAACGACAAAGUCGCUCAGAAACUGAAAGAUACCAGGUUAUAGCUACGUACAGACUUGAAAACAAAACUCAAACAUGCCUGUAAGUUUCUGGUUGAUUUGCUGUGCAAGGCCAGCCGCCAGUGGCAUUGAUAAUGCUGCCUCAUCACUGGGGGUCAAUUGUCCCAGUGAGAAGCAUGUUCAUCUGGAGCAUGUCUCCACCAUAAAAUAUGGUCGGUAUAAGCAAUGAUCUUUGGUGAAAAUUAAUGACUGCCUUUAAAUUUUGAAAUUAAGCAAUUUGUGCUACUGUGAGUAGACAAUGCCUCUGGUCUCUUUCAACUCAAAACCUAUAAAAACUAAUCCUAGGCUUGCAAUUAGUAAUACCUCAAUUUAACUGAGGUUUGAAAAUCAGGUCACUAACAUUAGAACACUGUUUCGGUCUAUCCACUGCAAUUCAUGACUUAUUGUAUUAUUAUUAUUAUUAUUAUUAUUAUUAUUUCCCCUGAACUAUCAAGAAAAUGUCUUGUGUUGAGGCAGUGCUACGAAAGGUCGCGUAGGAAAUUACUCUCACUCCACUUAUCUGCAGUCAUCUUCUUUCAUAAAUUCUCGUGGUAACGUGGAAUUUAAGCUUAUACUCUGUAUUCUAAAAAAGAACCAAGAUCAUUUCAUGGGAUAGACAGGAAAAUGAAAGUAAUCACUCCCGUUACCGUGAAAGCAAGGAUUCCAACGGCUCAGCUUAAAUCUGAUACAAGGCUCUGUUUAAGGUCUCCUUUAACUGUACAACUGCGAAGGUAUAAUAAUUAUAUUGAUCUGUCGAAGUUAGUGUGAACAUCAAGGAUAUCAACUAAUUCGUUAUUUCACUUUUUCCAAAAACAGAGAACUCACAAUGCAAAAAUAUUUGUGGGAAGUCUAUAUGAAAAGAGGGAAGAUUUCGAAUGUCAAACUGAUGAAAAAGUACAGUCAAAGAUAAGCAGUGGUGUCGCGAUUACAGCUAUUUGCACGGUGACGAACAUAAUUACGCACUUGCGGGCAAAGGCACUUACACAUAAGUUGUGCAGCCAGUAGAGCUAGCUUUAUGUCACCGUGCUGUAGUUUUGAUCCAUUCUGUCAAUGGUAAGAUUAGACUAAUCACGCUUGUUUAUUUUUCACUUUGUUUACCAGGAGUAAAAAGAUAAAUCAAACAAUAAGGCCAAUCAGGACGAAUGGCUAUCGAACCAUAAAACGUUGUGCCUACAGACAACUGGACCAACAAACUAUUCAGUCGUUUUGUCGUUUUCUUAACCAGUUUACAUUCAGAAAUUUUCUCAGCUAUUAUGUGGAAAAAAUGAACCAUAACAAAGCGCAGCAUAGCGUGUACUUACAAGUCAUAAUGUAUGUCAUCUAGCUAUCCGUAAUGUUCUCUUUUUAUUAGUUAAAGUAGUAAACUAGUAAUUGACUUCGUAAUUAUUACGAUCUUUGUUGACGAUUUAUUCUUGUUCUCGAAAUUUAAAAUAAAGGCCUCACAAAACGUGAAAGAUGACCUCCUUAUCUAUCAAUUACUUCGCAUGACAAACGAUUUAAGCCGUAAAAUAAUGAUUAUAUAAUUGUGGUUUCACCCACGUUUUGGGUUCGGUAAAAAAGAACGACACAAUCAACCAAAACUGAUCUCGAUCCACGCAAGGUUUUGUGCAGCCAGAGUGGUUCAUGGCCAUGGAUAAUCAAUUUGUCUUAUGCUCCUCGUUUUCUUUUUUCUUUUUGGAAAAUGGCCAAUUGCUCUUACUCUUACCGUGAUCAAUCGCUUCUUGUCAUAGAUUUCCAUAAAUCUUUGAAGCUUCUUAGCAGGAUGAGAACAAUUACAUUUCAAAUUAAGAAACUACACAAAUUGAUCAGGUAGAGAACAUUCAAUUGAGAGGUGUCUGUAAGGAGUCUAUUAGGUUCUUGUGUAUACACACUGUAAUGCCAAAUGUCAUGGCACAAAAUGCUCACUGAUUUAGAAACUACUUGUAGCUUACUCUAUUGGUUCGAAAUGCUACUAAGCUUGAACUGGGUUGAUUUCAGAAUCCUAGGUGUAAUUUUAAUAGUCAUACGUGACUCACAGCCUCCAGAGUCCAACUUGCUGAUUGAAUUGAUUUGAAAACAUUAUAUUCCUUGAAGAAUAUAGAAAACCAUUCGAAGGAAGCGCACAGAACUGACAGUGUUACUCACUCAAUGCUAACUACUUGCCUAGCUAAGCUUUCCUCGGUUAAUCCACGAAUGUUGUACAGAUAUUUGCACAUAUUGUCUCAAGACUGGAAAACCCUCAUGUAACUCUCCUGACCUUACCUAAAAGUCUAAAUCUAAAAUGACAGAAACAUUGUUCGCCGUCAUAUUAAUUCAGAGGAAUUACUCGAAAAUUAUUGAGAAUUAUUUACCACUAAAUUCGAAGAAAGUUUCCAGCGUUGUGCUUUAUAGAAGUAGCAUCUCUCUUAUGCGAGAAUGCUUGAAAUAAGACACAGCAACUCGCUCGCCGAGUUGAAAAUAUGAGUUGAAUGGGGGCAGAUAUGCCCAGCACACAAUUCUACGAAAUGAGGAGAAAAUGUUCUUAAUUACGCGAUACGGCAUGACCAACUGAUCUUCGAUAUGCAAAGGAAAGACUGACACAUCAGAUUUCUUCAGCAAGCAAGUUGAAUAGCACUUUUACAUGUACGAAAACAAAACGUAACGCUGAAAAGUUACCUUGUUCGUUAUCUACUAGCUAAUAAUAAUGAGGUUAAUGUAAAUACUUCAUGGACUUGGCAUCACAAUGUUUCAGUUACAACCUAGUGCUCUUUCCUAAUAAUGCAAAUCUACAAUGCAAACGGGAGACCAAGACACUUUUUGAAAAUCCCCGGAAUGCGCAGACCGAAUCAAAAUGGAAGAAGAAAAGGGUUUCGAGGAUCUGUCUGACGUGAUACAAACAAAGAAUCUGGCAUAAAAGAACAAUGAAAAACAAAUGUCACAGAGGUUCUAAAGGUAUUCACUUAUUGACUUGAGCACAAAUUCAAAUUUUGCACAUCAUCCCUAUGCAGAAUAUUUCUACCCUCUUGAAUGCUAAUUAGACUAAUCGAAAAUACGGGCGAAGAAACAUUAAAAUACAACCGAAACCACAGUCACUGCCAAUCACUACUCAAUGCUGCCUAUUUCGUGACAAAACACUGUACUAUAAUAAUCAAGAUAGGCGAAGUGGUAGCAUUAUGUUUCCAUUUCAAAACUUCCAAACAAACAAGAAUAGUUCUCAAGAAGUAAAAGUAAGCUCUUUUCUAAACAAUGAUCACUAAGAGGUACGGCAAGUUUCUACUACUGCACAUCGUGAACUACUGCAUGCACUGCUUAUCCCCUACGUGUAAGAGUGUGUUUUCUUUCGACCUCUGUUGUGCAAUUCUGACAAGCACCAAAAUAUGACCGAGAGGUCAGGGGAAAGAGAGGGGGGAGUGGAUGGCUUAAAUCUGAGUGUGCAAUUUCUGAUUAAAACAAUUUUUCCGUGGUUAAUAACUGAAAUAAUAAUAAAUACCGUGUUCAAAUGAUGAACAUUUGAAUAUGUUAGUUCUAAUAACAACUUUCAGUAGCGUUUAGCCAGAAAUUCAUUUUGAUUGCUAUUCUACGGGAGUCUUUUUUACCACUGUGUGAUCUACCAACGAAUUGGUUUCCACAACAAAUUAUAUGACAGAAAUGAGUUACUAAAACUCUCGCAGUAGGCUGAUUUGAGCUAAGAGCGUGUUGAAAACCAAGUUCACAGAUGGUCAUUGCAUAAGUUUUCAAAGGUUUGCUUCGCUGAAAUUGUAGUCCAGAAACCUUUUGCAACAUAUUUUGAAAUUACAUAAGAGAAGAGAAAUUAAAAGCCCUUGCAACAAACAAAAAAUAAUUAUAUAGUAUUAUAUAGAGCAGUGCACCUUUUCACGCUGUGAUAUCGUGAAAUAUGGUGGCCAAGAAGUAAAUUAAAUACAUGCAUUACAUUCAAGCCUGUCUACCAUUCGUAACCGAGAGCGUGAAAUAUGGCGGCCAAGAAGUGAAUUAAAUACAAGCAAUACCUUCAGGCCUUUCUACCAUUUGUACCCGUCUAGAGGUAUCUGGUACAUACCUGAAGCAGGCGUUUGGGCUUAAUUUAUUCAACUGACUGCUCCUCAGGCCUCAGGUUCCCCAGGACUCAAAGUGAACUGUAAUUAAACAAAGCGAUCCCUCGGUAUAAAUAUGGCACAUGCAAAUGGCUCAAAUCAAACGAACAGACAUUUUUGCCAAUGGAGUCAUUUAAAACUACCAUCAGAAUUUUUUCCCUUUCGUCCAGGUGACGAGGCUAUGUGCAAGGAAAACGAAAUCCUGAAGCAUUCUGGUUACCGCAGGCUUCAAAUGACGCCAUGAUGAAAUAGGCCUGUACUGAGAACUGCCAUUUUACCUGUUGUAUUUAGCUGUGUUAACAACUGGGGAAAACCUGUAUGCACUUCGUUAACAUUGAGCAAUUUAAAAAAAGCCGUGGAUACCUGCUUAUCCUUUAAAAUGUGAUUUUGCAAUCUGACAUCAUCAUUCAGCGGCGAUGUGGGUUUAGGUUUGUUUGGCGGGUGGGGGAUUGUUUUGCACAAUGUCUGCUUUGACAGCAACAAUCGUGGCAAAAAUUUACAUGACUUACGUUAUUCGACAAAAUUGCUUACCAGUCAAAAACCAGAUUUCAGCCGUAUGUUCAAUUGGGAAAACAUUAUUCCAUUAAGACUCCAUAGCACUCUUCGUUAUGAUUUAUAGUUGUAAACAAAAGGUCACGAGAACGGCGGCAGUCGAAAACUGAUCCGGGACUUGGCAAGCAGGUAGUGGGGGUUGCUCAAAAGGUUGAAAGGGACUAGUACGUAGGUACUGGUUCAGUUGACUUAAAUUCUUCCGGUUUAUGGUGAGCUGCAAACUUUAAAUAAACAUUGCAAAUACCGGCUAUUGGAACAAUCACGAGCAUUAAUAUCACACUUAUAAAAUCAUGACAUUAAGAUAGCCUGCAUGGUAGCCGUUAAAAAGUAAAGGGAGAAUUUGGGCGCUCGAGAGAGCGAGGGGUGCGCUAAAGUGCUUCCAGGGGUAUUCUCGAAAUAAGGGGAAGGGCACAAUAGAACUGUUUAGAUUUGAUCAAGGAAGAGAGAAUCUUGGAAGAAUAUUCCCUCCAUAUACGGGUAUUUUUAUUGCUCACUUAGCCUGUUCGGUCAAUUAAGAUGGCCUCAGAAGUUUAUCUUUUCAUCCAUGCUUCCUUACAGCUGUUCUGCAUGUCUUCAGCUUAAGGUGUUAUAUCGGUGUUUAAGUCAGUUCUCUGACAAAUCAGAAAAAGUCACCCAAUCCUAAUUGUUUCUGUACUGCAAUCAGUGAAGCCUUGAACUUGUUUUUUCGUUACAUCGCGUUUCCUUGAAAUUUGUAUUUUAAUGAAGAUUAUUAAUUUUUUUUGUCUUGUUUUUUUGCUAAUGUAAUUCUAUAUUUUGUUAAUGUAAAUAAAAUUACUUUGAGAUGCAUAGCCCCUAUGAAUACCAGCCUGUUUUAAAUAGUUUUACUUUUAAGUUGACAUUACUUAACAUUACUUGCGAUAAGACCGAUCCUCGAUAAACAAUAAUUUAUUGCAUUUACUUACCCUUUGGAAAAUAAUACUACCCAGAUAUCUGUUGUAUUCAAGGGCAUAAUGCCGUUUUACUUGAGGAAUGAUUUAUUACAAAAGUUACUAAUUUUUCGCUGAUGCUAACUUCAAGAGAUAAUUUAUUACGUGGGGGUGUGCUAAGGCAGUAUUGGGAAAGUCCGUAAUACAGCUGCUGAAUUCUGAAGAAAUUAUUUGUUGAAGAAGCUUUGAUAAGCUUCUGCAAAACAGAGGUUAGGCAAAUUAGCUUUCUGUCGAGACUUGUGACAUCUUUCGUAUUAUGUGAAAAAACACGGUUUGGAUGGUGUUACAUGUCACGGCCUGUAGAUGCAGGCACCCCCUAACCUGGGCAGGGUGGGGUUUGUACCCAAUUUGUCCUGACACUGGCAAUAAAUUAUUCUUAAUGCCAGCUGAUCCUAUGUAUUUUCUCCUAGUGUCUGGGUUUGAAACUCUCAAAUCAGCGGCCUACCCACUUAACUAAACUCAAGUCAAUUAUAAAGUACUUUCCCACGGGGGUGCAGUUGACGUUUGUUCUCAUGCAAUGUGUAUUAAUGUUUGUUCUUUGUUUGUUUUUGGUAUUUAGAUAAAUCACCCAGUCCUUUUCCAGGUGUCAAGCAUAACGCGAUGAGUGUUUCCUCUGAGCUAAGACCAUUAUACAGACUCACUUCAGUUAAACAAGAGUGUACAGAAGAGGAACUGAAUAGCUUAAGUAAUCUGGCAAAACAAGUAUUCAGUUUUCAAUCUAAAACUAACAGUGCCCAUAUUGGCCAAAAAUGCCCCAUCAAUUGUCCGUGUAAAUGCCACCUGCCAUCUCCACUCCCUGCUGGGAAUGCGUAUCGGCCUUCUGUGAUAAUGGCUCCAGUGGUCAGAGAGCAAAGGGGAUCAUCUGUGACACAUUUUCCGCUUAGGAUGCAGGUAAACUAUAAAAUAAACGAGGGUCAUAUUACACCAACCCCUCGCUAUGGAAAGGACUUUUGCAUACCCAGUGCAAUAUCAUCGGGCUAUGCCAUGCUGAUGAGUCCUAAUGAGGACGAAACAGCCGUCCAUGGCUGCCACUGCCGGGUUAAUAUGGUUGUGCGCAUGCGUAAGGUACUGGCCAUACGGCGGAGUUGGUACGUGUGUUUCAGUGCUGAAAUUGGUAUUAUUCAACAUCAUCGGGGUUAGCUAUAGCCAUGGGAAGUUCUUUCGUCCGUGUUAGGACAUUAUCGACUAUCACAACCGUUGGAUGUCCUAGCCUCCCGAGCAUACUUUCUUAGGGCCUAUUACGCCUUCCAAGGAACGCGUAACGAAGUCUAAAUAGCCUGUUCCAGGCAUUCAGAUCAUGGGGACGGCGCGAUGAGCUGUGAGCAGAGAAAAAAUUUUUCCCGCUCUCUUCUCGUCGCACUCCACUUUCUAAACGCCUGGAACAGGCUACAGCCCAAAGGACCGUCUCUAUGUUGGCUCCUGAUGGUCGUGAGUAUCCUCAAAGUUUGUCUAUACUUGAAUCACGCCAAAAAAGCGAGGCUAAUAGAAAGAACAUUUUAACGUUAUCACAGGCCCCAAAUUGUUCCACAGGGGUGGACUAAGCGAGCUAACUGUACUCCAUAGGAAGGAGAAAGAGGCGAGGUUAGUAAGCGCUAGGAGCUUAGUAAACUACAAAAUAAUUCAAAACUGCCUUUUCAACUACAUUUUGUACCAAAAAUGUAAAUGAAACAUUAGUAAAUGAAAAUUGCUCCGAAAUUCUCGGAAAGAGGAAAAAAGAGCAAGUUGUUCAAUUUAUUCAGUGUCUUGCUCGAUUAAUAAGAGCUUGCGCAUUGCAUCGUGCUCAAUAUCAGGUCACUCAAAGUAAGGACUCCCAUACACCGUAUUUGAGCUUUAAAAACCCUAUAUGGAUCUUCAAACGGCCUAUAGAUUUCAAUGGGUGGACUGGAUAGACUGUUUUUUUUUUAUACUGUGGUGGUAUAUUCAUCGAUAGCCAGGGGCGCUUCUGUCAACAGCAUUUUAGUUUUGUGGAGUUUUUUUUUUUUUACAGUUUUUUUAAAUAAACGCCUCUCUCUCUUAGACGCCUUCCAUCUAUUAAACGCAACCCGCUUGGGUUCCUGGGCGCCUCUUAGAUCAUUUACAGGCACAGAGCUUGUUUUCUUACUGACCACCACCCCCCGGGGGGGGGGGGUAUUCGCUAAAUCCUUGGGUGGGGAGGUGCGGCCCGGCCCCUCAUACCCAGACCCUGUUUAAGACAAAAAUCGCUGAUUUUCCUAGUAAACUAUUUCAGAACAGAUAGCUUUAUGCACUGUUACUAAAAUAAAUUUUAUGGCACUUUUUUGCCCACGAACUAUUUAUAGCAAGAUAAACUAGUUGUAGCUUUCGCUAAGUGCCAACGAAAGAAUAAGAAUUUGCCUACAUUAACGGUUUUAGUUCCAGUGUUUAUAAAACCAUUUCAGCUGCUGAGGCGAGAAUUUCCACUACAAGCCCAAGCACUCGUCGUUCCUACAUUUCUGCCAUGCUCUUGGCCUCAAAAUCGCUCUUUUUCUUCUGCUUAGACAUUUUUGAACCUUAAAGUUGUCGAGUUUCAAACAGCGAAAGAGAAAUAACAUUUAUAGGUUAGAGCGAACUUGAAAUAGCGAGUUGUACUUCCUACGUGCGGCAGAGGACAAUGUCCGAGCUUUGAAGGGUUGUUUACAACAAAGGUCAUCAAAAGUCACGUGAAACUACAUGUGAAAUCUAACGCUACUAAAAUCUGCAGGGAAUCUACACCUUACAUUACAUUACACUUUUCACCGCACGAUCGAGAAUUUUUCUGCCUGCUGCAAUACUUCCGCGUGGCAUUAGCUGGACGCCUCGCAAGCCGGCCAUCUUCGCUCGGCUUGCUCGUUGGCAAUAACAAUGAUAAAAUAAGAAUCAUGAAUGGUUUUGUCGCGGCUUAAUAAGAAUAGCGCUAUCCUGACAAAGGCAGACUUUAACUGAAACGAAAAAUUUCACAUUAAAAAUACUCAAAGUGGCGCUAUUCGACUGUGCGAUCAAUGAAAACUGCUACAGUGUGGAUUGAGGACGGUUUCCCACUGCGGAGCAUUUGGCAGCUCCAGUAUCCCAGCCGCAGCGAAUUUGCCAUCUGUUAAAGACCAAAAAGAUGCAAAUGCCCGGGGGUUAGCCCGCGAGGCGGGCAGGGGGUGGCUGGUCGCAGUUGGCUUUGACUGAUGCAUAAAUUAAAAUAUUUCCUUUAAGUUUGCUCUUUUCGAUACCCAAUGCAUGAUAUAAAGAGCAAAAGCCUUUGAGAAGAAAUUGCAUCUCACCUGGCAGGAUUGAGGAUGAACAGUUAAGGUUGUAACUUACAGUAGCAAAAAAAGAAAAUUGAGUCGUGCCGAUUGUUGUGUUAGCGGGAGAACAAGUAGUGAGGAUUAUUAUGGGGUACUGUGUAUGUAUGAUCUCUCAGUGUUAUUAAUUAGCUGAAAAAGGUAGAAUUGAAAUUAAACUUCCGUUGCCAAGAAUUUGUCCGGUUUUUAGAACAGACGGAUAAACGUCAGGUAUAUUUCAGGAAAGGCUGUCACACAAUAGCCUGUGUACAGAACCCCUCCCCUCAGAAAAAAAAAAUCAGAUUCUUCUCCGAUUUUUUGCUGAGGGGAAGGGGGUCUGUACACGAACUAUCUCACAAUUGCUCUAUUAAAAUCAAAGAUACAACUCAAGUCUUGAUGACAAGUAGUAAAGGUCUUGUAAUAAGUAACGCUGCUCACGUGCUCCUUUAGUCAGAAGGGAAUUUCAGUUGAGUUUCUUGCGUAGUUUAAAAAAAAAUUAAGUUUCCCUAAAAGCAUUUCUAGGUAAUUUAGGAAUAUAAGUUGAAUAUGAGACAGGCAUUUUAAUAUUUCAAAAGUAACGGAGGUUACACAAAACCGGAGGUUGAUUUUAUCUGACGCUGUCUUUGCGAUUUUCAACCCUCUGUUCUGUGAAUGGACUUAAACAAUACUCAUGUGUUACAAUUCAUGUAUAAAUUCUAACAUAUUAUCAUAAAUAUAUUACAUUUUUUACUCUCAAUUAGCAAUUAUUAGACGAGGUUGAGCAAAAUAUCGUGAUUUGUCAGUGGCGAGCAGAUCAAUUAUUUGCCGAAGCUGGCUUUUUUUAAUAUUUUCACUGUUCUUUUGAUCGAGUAAACAUGCCAAAUCGCUCUCUGCCAAGUCGGCGAAGCGAUCUGUCAUGAUCGCAAGAAGGAGCAAGAGUGGUUUCAUUUACGCCUGAGCAGAAUAGUAUUCGCAGCCAAAAACAAUUGAACGACAUUGCGCAUGAGCACACCAUUAUUUGUAGGCAGUUAUUUGCAGGUCACGUGGUGGACUCUCCGCUAAUGAAAAGGAAGAAACAUUUGCAUCGAAUGAUAAUUCAAUUUAUUUUGCAACUUUUGUCGUAUUUAAACGCGUUCUACCAACAAAUUCCGGAAAUUUGAUCCAAAUUUGUUUAGCAUUUAUUCAUUUCAAGUUAUGUGCAUCGUCAUUUAAGACGGUCUGUAAUUACAAGAGUGAGUACAGUUGGAAACGGAAUGAAACAUUUCCUUCCUUCUGUAACUUCCCUUACCAAAACUUAUUUUAUAAUCACUCACAUGUUUCCAAACUAUGAUACAAGUGAAAAAACUCUUUUUUUCCAACAGGUUUAACAAAAUGAUGUUUCCUCUACGGUCUUUAUUAAAGAAAUAACAAUAAAAACACAAAACGACAAUUUUAACCUCUCGAUAUUUUGUUACGUCAGACUAAAGUAUACCACCUCUGACGAGUUGAGCAAGAUCCAACAUAUGGCAGAACAAAGUGACUUUUUCAUUCCUUGAGCCAAUGACGUAAUUAAAAUGUAAAACUUGGACCUUAGUCUGCCACAGAUUUCAUUUUAAUUUCUUUAGAGAAAACUAAAUUGAAAAAAACAUAGAUAUUUUCGAAAAACCGUGGCACAUUUUGCCCACUUCCAAUGGGUGAUUUUAAAAGAAAAAGGUGCUUGUAACUCAUUGACGGACGUACAAGGGGUUUGAAGGUGGAUGCCAACCUCUGAGGUGUUUCUGAGUUUUUUCGGAUCAUUAUAAUAAGUUUCUGCCUCAUGGGUUCCUGGUUUCUGGGAAACUACCCACCUACUCCUCCCCUAAGCUAGCAUUAACGCUCACCUCUCACUUGGGGCAAAAUGUUGGCUUAGGGGAGGGGUAGGUGGGCCGUUUCCCAGAAAGGUAUAAUAAUCCGUUUUUUCCUAGACGAUUAAACAUCAGCACCUGACGUUUUCAGUAGCUGUUUGUUUAUCCUCACGUGCAUUUUGAGACAAGUUUAGUGAUGAUCAGUUAUUAUAGUUACGAGAUAUAAGGUCAUAAGUAGAAGGUAGUCAAGCCAUGUUUGAGUGAAAAUGCAUGUUUUUUCAACUUUCGUUCAACGAUAAAAAUAAAGCUCGUGGAUAAAAUGAAGCAAAGGACUUAUGUUUUAAGUUACCAAUUACCAAUUCUUGCCGUUUUUCCCUGAUUCCUAAUUCUUGGUAAAACCCAAGAUUGCGACAUAUUUGGUGAUCGUAUUUGUGGGUUCCACUUGUAAUAUGGCAAGCAAAAUUUUACACAGCUUGCAAAUUUUGUAUGUUAUUUCUUGUCGUAUUUGCCCAUACAUUUGAACAAUAGUAUGAUUUACUGCGAACAAAGGUGUUUAAAAAAGAUAGUCAAGAUGAUCUUGUUAUCAAAUGUGCGUGUUACGCGAUUUAUUUGCCCAAGGCGAGACAAACAAGUAGAAACGUAACGGUGUUGAUUAUAUGUUCAUCGUAUGACAAAUAAGGGUCCAAUGUCACACCUACGUCCUUGGCUGUUUGAGUAGGAAAGAUAUCUUUUCCUAGUAGAGAUACACUGAAGUCUUGUAAUCUGGGCAACAACUGCCUACUGCCAAACACCAUCAGCUUGGUAUUGGUUAGGUUCAAGAGCAAAUGGUUUCUGAACACCAGUUCCUUACAUUAAACAGGUCUUCGUUCAUAUAAGAGAUAGCCGACUGCUUGUCUUGUAUUUGAAAGAAAACAAGUAGUUUUGUAUCGUCCACGUAACACUGUGAACUGCAUUUCCUGGCUGCAGAUGGGAAAUAGUUAAAAUAAUGCUGAAAAGAAGCGGAACAAGAAUGCUACCUUGAGGGACUCCGCUGACUAUAUAAAGUGGAGAGGUUCUGAGACGGCUGAAUUAAUCCUGACUACUUGGUGCCUUUCGCUAAGUAACUGCGAACCCACUGGAUGCUGGAAUGGGAAGCCCCGACCUCUUGUAACUUUGUCAGUAGAAUUCUGUGACUUAUGCUAUCAAAGGCUCUGCUUAAAUCUAAUAGUGUAAUAGCUGUUAGUUUCCUUUGAUCCAUACAGUGUAGCUCUCAGCAUUUCAACAGUUGUUUUGAUGACAGAGGUUUCGGUCGAAUGCCACGCCUUGUUUCCGCUCUGAUUCUUUGGUAGUCUUCCUUUUGCAUUUAAUAAAUAAGAUAAGACUGGUUAUGGACAACUCUUUUGCAAACUUAAGAAAGGACUGGUAAGAGCGAGAUAGGUCUAUUGUUACUUGCUUGCUCGUGGUCACCUUCAUUUGGGAUGGGUGUCACUUCAGCUGUUAAAAAUAGUAACCCCUUCCUGAGCAGCUAAAGAUGGGCAUCGUGUUUUUUCACUUGGGUAAUUUCCUCAUUCCUCGUCCCCUUCCUCGCCCCCCCCCUCCCCCCCCCCCCCCGCCCCAUUAACCACUCAAGUAAAAAUAGAUAAUUGCUUGGCAUUUUUUUCCCUUACAGUAUAACGUGUCGUUACUAAUUUCUGACCUUCAUCCUUCCGGACAUUGAGAAAUUUAUUCGUUUCGCUAAGUCUACCAAACUUUACAGGGUCAAUGCAUUUGUAAUUUACGUUACGUGGCAGCAGUUUCCAUUUUUCUAAAAUGCACAGACCGGCUGACGUUUAAGUUUUGUUUUCGUUUUGUAUUGCAUUUAUUAGUCUUUGCGACUAUCUAGGUGUUGUUUGUUUAUAUUUGAUGGGUGAUCUACCACGUACGUGAUUAAUUUCUGAGCAAUCUUUGAUCUAACCGGAAAUUCCCAAAAUUAUUGUCCUUUUACGCUAUUAAAAGGUGACAGGGUCAUCUUUAGUUAACUCCUGGUCUUUUUAAAAUACACUGUCUAUAAAGCAACACUUUUCUGUUUCUUAAAACUUGCAAAGCAAAGUAAGUUUUUCUUUUUUGUCUAAUAUUAUUGCAUUUAAAACCCUUUUGGCUAUCAAAAGGGGUUGAUAGACAGGGUAUGGUUUUCAGGCUGUUCAAGGUCUUGAGUUAACGGGGUUAUCGAUAAAUAGGACAUUCUUUCUUGCUAGGAAUGCUUUUAUACCACAGUAGAGAAAUACUAUAUAGCGGAGGGGAAUUUGCUCUCCCAUUUUGGGAGAAAAAAACGCUUAUUAAACAGUUUAAAAUUGAACACAAAGUGAAAGGGAAACCUCGAACUGUCUUUUGAACUCGGGGGGUACUCCUGGGAAUUCUUGGUUGGCGGUGUGCUGCCCGGUUCUCCAAAUCCUGACCCUAUUUCAGACCAAAAAACGUCAUUUUUCACAAUCUUUUUCAGACCUGUCUUUACUUAGAUUAAAACAGCAAAGAAAAAGAUUUCUUAAAACCCAUUUCGAAUUCGAAUAUUUCUCUUUCUUUCUUACUUAUUUGGACUUGACACUUGAUUCCAGACCAAAAUGGACAAACCUGAACCUGUUUUCAGACCAAAACGGCUUAAAAACCCCACUCUUUGGGGCGGCACAUACCUAGUGGGUUCCCCCGGCUUUUUGAAGGCAUUGAAAAGGGCGCAAUGGGAUAGCGUCAGAGUCAUGGAUGUACACACACAAAGAGAUGUCCAAGCAAGUUUUAGAAGAAAAAACACUGACAAUAAGGUUUAAACUUCAAGAUAAAGUAAAAAAAGACCGUCAGAAGGAAUUCGUCGUAGCAUCUUUAGAAGGAGACAUUGCAAGAACGAAGUACUUGAGGUUUAAAAACAUCUCUAUUUUGGCUUACAAUCAAAAGGGUGGGUCUUUUAGAUCGAUUAGUAGAGACUACUCAAUGUCUUCAUCUUCAAUAUUAGACAGAGUAAAAUGGUGACAAAAAGUCGUUCUCUUCCCUCCCCCCGCCCCGAAAGUAAGGAUGAAGCCGCGUGAAGGCCAAAAGGCACCAUUUUCCCAUCUUUUAUUUGUAGGGAGGAAAUGGUUCUAAAUUUUCCAUUAAUUUUGUCCAAGAUUCUAGUUCUAAAUUUGGAGAGCUGGAGGGCAUAUAACCACACAAGACAAAAAAUUGGCGACACAAAGGUGGAAAAAUAGUAAGAAGUCGACGCUGGACAGCCUAGCCCAGGCCCUUGCUAGCCCCAAGGAAUAAAUCGCACCAUGUAACGGAAUCCAAGACAGUCUUGGAUUUUGGAUUCCACGCCGUGGAUUCCGGAUUCCGGGUACUGGAUUCCAGUCUUUGUCAUUGAAACCUGGAUUCUGGAUUCCAAUCAUUAGUGGGAUUCCGGAUUCCUUGUACUGCAUUCUGGAAUCCAAACUCCAGGAUUGCGGAUUCCAAAACUAAGAAUAUCCCGGAUCCCGGAUUCCACAAGCAAAAACUUCACGGAUUCCAGAUUCCAUUACAUGGGGCGAAAUAAAGUCUAAGAACUGAAGUAGACAGUAUAACAUAAGCACAACAGGCUCAUCCAUGGGCCACCCCCGACUAAUUAAAAUAAAAUAAGAAGUAGACGGUGGCAGACGGUACAGGCCCUAUGGGCCAGCCUUAACUAAUGUUAAAAAGAAAUUUUAAAAAGAUAACAGACAGAAGACAGAAUUUUAAGUCAAUCUUGGCUCUAUGGGCCCCCAGAUACACGUAUAUUGAGGAUUCAAUGUGGCUGGUAGGGUUCUUUAUAGUCUUAAGACGAACGUAGGUUUUAUCCCCCCAGACUUUGAGGCACAGGACUAUUUCGGGACGACUAUAUAUUUGAAAUUUGCUCUGGCCAUCAAUUCGGGCCGAUUUUUGGGGUGAGCGAAAGCUCUGUGUUGAUGUUCGUUACGAUGUAGCCGCAUUUUUUGAUUUAAUGACAGAAGAUUGGAGAGAGUUUAAAUAGCAAACCACUGGGUAAUCGCCAGGGCGAAAAAAGGACUUUGACGCUGAUUACCAGGGAUUACAGCUGCUCGCACGAUGUGAGUGAGUGUGACAUAACAAUUUGAAAAUUUAAUUUAUGCGCCGCUUCGAAACACCGGAAAUGAAAAAUCAUCAAAUACCAAACACAUGCUCUGCUUUGCCUCGAUCUUCGUCACUGAUUUAAGAUAUUUCCAUUGAUCUUGCGUUUAGCAAAGUGAGAGGUGAAAUUCCUGGUCCGGUUGGUUCAAUUACAAAAAAUCCUCACCAUUUACCAGCUUCUCUAAGGCUUUUCUUUGUAAUUCAGGUUUUUAAUCUUGUGCGUGGAACUUGAUAGCAUGUUAAACUUUAUAGAGCAUAUUUCUAGUCAGCUAAAAUGCGAAGACUGGCGCACUUAGGAGAAUUAGGCGUUUUGUAUCUAUGGACGUUAUGCUAGUAUUAUACAAGACUUUCAUUUUACCGCUUCUAGCAUAUUGUAGUGCCCUCCUGUUAGCGGCGGGAAAAGUCCAGGCCAAUAAAAUUGAAGACGCCAAUCAUUAUGUAUUAGGGAUACUGACAGGGCACGGGAAAUCAUUGUCUUACCAAGAACUCGUAAAUAUAUGUAAUAUAAGUUGAACACUUUAGAGUGUAGGAAAAAGCAGCAAUCUCUGAUGCUAUUAUUCAUUAAAUGCAUUAGGAGUAUAGGGCCGAAAUACAUAAGAGACUUUUUUAGCAUAAAAAAACGUCUUACAAUUUAAGAGAAAAUGGUGUUAAUCUUUGCGUUCCCAAAUUUAAUCUCAAUUUUAUGAGGAACUCUUUUACUUACAAGUGCGCUCAAUUGUGAAAUAAACUUCCAGAAGAUGUCAAGCUGGCCGAUAAUGUUAAUGUUUUUAAGUCUAAGCUAAGAUCAAUAGACCUUUUUACCGAUACGGAGGCCAUAUUGAAUUCAUUGGAUUUAAGGAGUAUUAUGGGAUACCCAGGGGGCAUGAGCACGAUCUCAUAGUACUCGCAUAUGUCAAAGCAAAAAUUGUUAAAUCAGCAGCAAUAUAAAAUAUAAUUACCUUAUAUGUCAUCAAUGUUCCCCCUUAAAUUUGGCAGAAAAUAUAAAAGUGGCUCAUCACACAAUCCCUCUGCGUGACAAGCCAAAAGGACCUCUGCACGCAUAGGAGGCUUCUAACCCUGAGCAGACCUUAAAUCACAAAGGGAUGCGAAGGGUGGGUAUGCUUAGAACUGACUAAGCCAGAAUGUUUUUAAAGUCUUCUGUUUAUGGUAAAUGGGUUCGUAUGAAAAGGGAGCUCUAAUUUAUUUAAGGCUUGACUAAAUCUAUAGUUAAUAUUUUCUAUUUAAAAGAAGAUGAGUGGUAGCAAAUAUCGUUCUUUAUUUUUAUCUCGUCUUUGGUUCUAUCCUGUCAAUCAUAGGCUUACAUAACGCAAAAUGUACAAGAAACUGUGCAACGCAAUUAACCCUGUGAAAGUCAGUUUGGGCAAAAGACGGGUUGAAAAUUCUUGAGAAAACCAGAGGUUCCGAGAGUACUUCCUCUUCUUCGUUUUUAAACCACUGAAGAGGUGGGAGCACCCUCGAAACGUCUGGUUUUCUCAACCAUUUUCAACGCCUAUGUUAACAAAACUUUGACUUACUAAGGCAUACCUUUCCUCCAUGGCCAUGAUCGUUUCCGUUUUGUUUUCAUACUGAAAGCCUUGACAAACUUUCCAGUGAGAGUCCUCGUCGAAAAACUGUUAACGAGGUGGUAACUAUCCUGGUGGUUGUCUCCUUGCUUUGGUGGGUCCUAGCCCUUGGAUCUUCCUAGGGAAAGCAGUUUACGUGGUGUACCAGGAAGAUCUAGCACUAGGGACAAGUACAACCCCAUUGCACGUAAACAAAAUACAGACCGCAUAUGGCACUAGGAUGAUCCGCGUUCUAGGAUCUUUUUAGUGCUAGGAUCUUCCCCCCUGCAAUGUAAAUAGGCCCUAAGGAAUAACUUCACAUAAUUGAACUAAAACCCCGGCCUAGAACAUCAAUACCAUCGUGACAUAGCCGUUUUAACAACAAAUUACUUAAAUUAUCUCAAUCAUGGGCGGCCUAUCCAAGUUUGCCUCUAUUUGCGUUUACUAGAUAAUAUUCGUAACCGCUAGGAAUGUAGGAAAUGAUCGCCUAAGUCAUUACCACGACUUCAAACUUCAUGCACCCUUUUUAGUAAUAAGUAGCUGACAAGGGAGCAAAAAUGAGUACGGAUGUCAAUAAACACUGGUCUGGCAGAUUGUUCAUCAUAUCGUUUAACGUACAGACCUUUUUUCUGAUUUUCUUUAAGAUUGUUGAAAAACGAAAAAAGACCACAAGUGCUACUUCCAGCGUAGGGGUAAGUUUAUUUAUUUCUCUGCAGGAUUUGAAAGCAAUGUUAUGUAAAUGAUUACAAUCACUAACAGAUUUAGGGUGAUCCGACAGCGCCACCUCCCCGCCUUUUUUAAGGGACCCGGCCACCAUCUUUAAUUUCCUGGAUCCGGUCGUGGCAUUUUGUGCAUGUCAUUUUGCUCCAAAUAUGGAAGAAUUGAUGUCUUUAGCUUGUAGAUUCACCAAAGUAGGUCAUGUGAUGUUCCGAAGGGACUUUGCCUCCUGUAUUGUCAUAAAUUAUGCAUGCAUAUACACUUAAAAAUAAAGGGCUGAUUACGUGAGCCAGGCUGGCCUGCUUUGCCGACCUUCCUCACCUUGCAGAGGUGACUGCUCCAAUCAGGAGUAGACUAGCUCGGAGCCGCUAUGUUUACAGAGAGUUUGGCAACUAUGUGGAUGAGCAGUGUGUUACCAGGCUUUCCUGUUACUUUUUUAGUUCGCCAGGCUUUCCUGGCGAGCGUAAUUACAUACAAAAUAUUUAGCCCGGUUAGCCGGCAGGUCUCGGUUGUCAUGUAAUCACAAGGACUUGAGGUUUAGUGCUUGUAAUCGAUGAACCGAGAUCUUGGCAAAGUGUCCCAGCCCGCCUCAUAUCGCUCAUACAAUCAGCCCCAUAAAUCGGAGGAAAAACUUUCGAUUAACACCAUAUGGACUAAACUCGGAAAAAGAUAAGAGUUAAAAAGGUCUAUUCUAGUGAAAAUGCGCCAUGAAGACAGUCAAUCGCUAUACAUUAAAAACAGCAAUUACGUCAUGCAUAUCGGGGUUACUGUGACAACACUGGACUAUGCGGGGAUGCUCAGCUCGAAAGAGAUACAUUUACACGCAACAACGUUUGUUUUGUUUUUCGUAUUAAAGCGGAAGAGAUACCAUUUUCUAUGAAAGCUGUAAGGAGGGAGUAUCUUUUUUAUACCCUGUAAGAGUUUUCGGAUCUCGGGGCAGACCAUCCCUUUAGAGGAACUUGUUCAACAACCUUAUCCCCCCAGUUUAAUUGGUUGCUUCCUCGUAAUGACAUUUCUGUGUUAACUUUGUCAGUUAGUUGUUGUUGGAGCUUGAUUUUGCAUCGCCAACCGCAGCGUUAUUGUUUGUGGAGUUGUUAAUAAAGAUUCAAUUUAAAAAAAACAGCGGCGUUAUGGCGUUUCAUGUUUGACCAAGUUAACUUUUUCCCGCUGAGACAGGAUACCGUCCUUAACGACUACGACGAAGAAGAGCACUUUAUCCGCGUGAACACCGAUGGCAAGACAGCAAAAUUUAAACUGACCAAAAAAGAUUGGGAACUAAUGGAAAUCAAAGAGUACCCAAGCGGGGGUCGUCUGUUGGGUGGUGCCUGGACCACUAUAUUUAGGCGAGGAGUAAAGCAGAGCAAUGAGUGGUGCAACUUACGCCUCACAAAUAAUCAAGUGAGAGCGGAGAACUCUCGCAGAAUGCAUUCCUCGCCAUUCUUCAGAGGAGCUGGGGAGUGCAAGUUUCCACAGUGCAACGCGAAGGUAAAGUUCGUCAUCCAUAAAGAAAGAGGAAAAUACGUUCACGUGACAUAUGUGGGAAAUGUUUACCACAAAGUUCGUGGGUCGUCUGUGGCAAAGAAAUGA